UGCGCAUUACAAUUGGAGAUAUUUCAGCACCAACCUCUAUUAAUAAGCAGUAGUAGAAUCAGACCCACUGAGAGAGAGUGUGUGUGUGAGAGAGAGAGAGUGAGUGAAAGAGAUAACAAAGAUGGUUCUGCUAGACAAGCUCUGGGACGAUGUUUUAGCCGGACCUCACCCUGAACGUGGACUUGGCAAGCUCAGGAAGUCUCUUACUAUCAAAGCGGGGACGUCAGAUGGGGAAGGAGAUCAAGGGGCUAGCAAGUUGUUUCAGAGGUCGUUGUCCAUACCUGCGAGUCCGGGGACACCGUCAACGCCGAUAACACCAAAGACACCGGUGGCAGUGAAGGAGAACGUGUGGAGGAGUGUGUUCCACCCAGGUAGCAACCUUGCCACCAAAGGUAUUGGUGGUGAGCUCUUUGACAAGCCACACCCCAACUCUCCCACCGUUUAUGACUGGCUCUACAGUGCCGAGACUAGGAGCAAGCAUCAUCGCUGAAGUUGGAGGUUGUUACAAAGGGUUGCAUGUAAAUAGUGUCUACUCUCUGUGUGUGUCCGCCACGUGUUUGUUUCCGAUGGUUUUGUGUUGAUGUCGUCUAAUGGGAUGCUCCAGCUGACCAACUAAAGUUUUGUAAAUUAUGCUAAAACAUUUUAAGGAGUCUUUCUCGUUAUGAUCUUGGGUGGUGAUGAGUUACUUUUAUUAUUAUUGAAUAAAUAAAUGUUUUUUGUA